AUGGGGAAGCAACAUCAGGAAUGGCAAUUUGGAUACAGCGGACGGGUUCAGAGGUCAAGGGGCGGGAAAGGGGAGGCUGGGUCAGUUGCUGAAGGGCUGGAAGCCUUGACAAGCCCGUUCCUGAAAAGGCCAGGCACUGACAGAAACCUCCUCUUCUCUUUCAGAAUGAAGGCAUUGUCCCUCAGCCUCUGGGUGGUAGGCCUCAGCACCGUAUCAGCUUCUGCUUGCGAUGGGGUUAAGGAACAGAACGUGACGGGCCAGUUCGGGGGUCAGGUGAUCCUGCCGUGUUACCAGAAUGGCGCCGAACGGGUGUACUGGCAGACGGAGGUCGACGGCGAGCUGGAAGUGGUGAACACAUUCUGCGCUGGAGCGCCGUCGGCGUGCGGCAAAAUCAGCGCCCGCUACGUCAACCGCUCGCGUUUCCUUGGCGACCCCCGGAAGGGGAACUUCACCCUCCGCCUCUGGGCUCUCAGUCCCCGCGAUGAGCUGACCUACCAGUGCGUCACACAAGAUCCGAUCUUGUGUCACAGCUUCCAAAUAACUAUCGAAGCCCAGCGAAGUCUGCCAAGGAUUAGUAUCCCAGAGAAGCGUGGUCGGACACUGGGAGAAGAGGUGAUGCUGAUCUGUACAGUCACAGGUGUAUACCCGAAGCCACAGCUGGAAUGGGUGAACACCAGUAAUAACACAAUCCUCCCACAGAGCCAAGUGCAUACGAGAGCAGAUCAGGGGGCAGACGGACUGUACAAUGUGAUGAGCACGCUGAGAUUACAGCCGAACAACACCGGUCACAUCAUCUGUCAAACCGUCAAUACCAAGACCGGACAGGUCACUCAGUCAGACAUAUUCACAGGUACAGGGCUGAUGGGGUACUGCUGGGUCAUGGACAUAUUGACAGCGGAGG